GAAGAGUUGUGUUUUGGUUUGUGUGAAAAUGGAGGGAGAGAAAAAAGGCAGUAAGGUGAAGAGACAGAAGGGGUCCGUAAUGUCCAUUUUCAUGCAAGCAGACGGUGUGGAUUUUUUGUUGAUGGGUUUGGGAUUCAUCGGAGCUGUCAGCGAUGGCUUCGCUACACCUGUCAUGCUGUUUUUUAUUAGUAAAUUGGUGAACAGUGUUGGCACCGCAUCAACUGGUAACAUAGACUCGUUCACCCAUAACAUUAAGAAGUAUUCAGUGAUCAUCUUAUACAUAGCUUGUGGAAGAUGGGUUGCCGGUUUCCUAGAGGGAUACUGUUGGACAAGAACAGGUGAAAGGCAAGCCACAAGAAUGAGAGCUAAAUAUUUGAAAGCAGUGUUAAGGCAAGAUAUUGAAUACUUUGAUUUGAAUGUCAGCAGCACCGCAGAAGUCAUCACAAACGUCUCUAAUGAUAGUCUUGUCAUUCAAGAUGCUAUCAGUGAGAAGCUCCCGAACUUUUUGGUGAAUGCUGGCACAUUUAUUGGAGGCUAUGUUAUCGGAUUCUUGCUGCUGUGGAGGCUGACCAUUGUUACAUUUCCGACUGUUAUACUUCUGGUAAUUCCUGGAAUAAUUUGCGGACGGAGUGUGUUGAGCUUAGCUCGGAAGAUACGGGAAGAAUACAACAAAGCUGGAACAAUUGCGGAACAGGCAAUCUCUUCAAUAACAGCUGUUUAUUCAUUUGUUGGGGAAACCAAAACUAUCAACGAAUUCUCUUCGGCCCUGGAAAUUUUAGUCGAAUUGGGGGUAACACAAGGAUUGGCUAAAGGCUGGGCUGUUGGAAGCAACAGCAUCGUUUAUGCUAUUUGGUCUUUUGUAGCUUAUUACGGUGCUAGAUUGGUCAUGUACCACGGUGCUCAUGGAGGAACCGUGUUUGCUGUCGCCAACGCCACUUCCAAUGGCGGCCAGGCGAUAGGAACUGGUUUGUCUAACUUGAAGUCCAUAGCAGAAGCAAUGGAAGCAGGAGAGCGUAUGAUGCAGUUGAUGAAAAGAGUACCCAAGAUUGAUUCAGAAAACUCGGAAGGCCAAAUCCUGGAGAGAGUUUCAGGUGAAGUUGAGUUUAGGCAUAUAGAAUUUGCAUACCCAUCAAGGCCUGAAAGCAUAAUCUUCAAAGAUUUUAGCCUAAAAAUUCCAGCAGGAAAGACAGUGGCAUUAGUGGGUGGUAGUGGCUCGGGGAAAUCCACUGUAAUUUCACUUUUACAAAGGUUUUAUGACCCAAUUGGAGGCGAAAUUCUUCUUGAUGGAGUUGCCACUGACAAAUUACAACUCAAAUGGCUAAGGUCACUAAUGGGUUUGGUGAGCCAAGAGCCUGUACUGUUUGCAACAACAAUUAAAGAGAACAUACUUUUUGGCAAAGAAGAUGCCACAAUGGAAGAAGUUAUUGAAGCAGCCAAAGCUUCAAAUGCUCACAAUUUCAUCUCUCAGUUGCCUCAGCAAUAUGAAACUCAGGUGGGUGAGAGAGGAGUUCAAUUGUCAGGUGGGCAAAAACAAAGAAUCGCCAUUGCGCGAGCACUAAUCAAAGCACCCAGGAUCCUUCUCUUAGACGAGGCAACAAGCGCACUCGACUCGAAAUUAGAGUUGGUUGUUCAAGAAGCCCUUGACAACGCCGCUAUUGGACGCACCACUAUCAUCAUUGCUCACCGUCUCUCCACCAUCCGCUACGCCGAUGUGAUUGCUGUCGUGCAAAAUGGCCAUGUCAUAGAAACAGGCUCCCAUGAUGAGCUCAUGCAAGACGAAAAUGGUCAUUACACUACACUCUUUCGUCUUCAACAAACUGAAAAGGAACAACAAAUUGCAAACACCCCAGAAAAGAUAAUGUUGACAAAUCUUAUUACUUCUUCAUCCAUGAAUGGCAAAUCCUUCAGAACAACAAUGGAUGUAAACGCUACAGAUGACAUCAACGAUCAAAGAAAGAGAAGCGAAGAUGAUAACAAGGUCAAGUUGCCAAGUCCACCAUCUUUUACGAGAUUGUUAGCUUUGAAUCUACCAGAAUGGAAGCUAGCAACCUUGGGGUGUUUAAGUGCAAUCCUUUCCGGUGCUGUUCAACCUGUUUAUGCCUUUUUCAAAGCCUCCACGAUCCAUGUUUUCUUCUUGAAAGAUCAUGAUAAGAUUAAAGAGAAGACGAAGAUUUAUGCUUUGUGUAUGAUUGGAUUAGGAUUGUUCUCUUUGUUGGUUAAUUUGAGCCAAUAUUACAAUUUUUCUUACAUGGGGGAACGCUUAACCAAGAGGAUUAGAGAGAGACUGUUUUCAAAGAUACUUACCUUUGAAGUUGGAUGGUUUGAUCGAGAAGAGAACUCUAGUGGUGCUACUUUCUCCCGACUAGCCAAAGAUGCAAACGUGGGGAGGUCGUUAGUGGGUGAUCGUAUGUGUCUCAUUGUACAAACUGUAUCGGCCGUAGCCAUGGCUUUCACUAUGAGCUUGGUCAUUGCAUGGAGGCUUGCUUUGGUGAUGAUCGCAUUCCAGCCCCUGAGCAUAUUAUGUAUUUAUUCUAGGAAAGCUCUACUUAAAAAUAUGUCGGAGAAGGCUAUAAAAGCGCAAGAUGAAAGCAGCAAACUGGCUUCAGAAGCUGUUUCCAACUUGAGAACCAUCACGGCCUUCUCAUCCCAAGAUAGAAUUAUGAAGAGGCUUGAAAAGGCCCAAGAAGGGCCACUAAUUGAGAGUGUUCGACAAUCAUGGUAUGCAGGCAUAGGCCUUGCCUUCGCACAGAGCCUAACAUCUUGCAUCUGGGCUUUCCAUUUCUUGUAUGGUGGCAAGCUCAUGAGAGAGGGCCACAUCACUUCCAAGGCCUUCUUCCAGACCUUGUUAAUCCUCCUGGACACAGGCCGUCUCAUUGCUAUUGCUGGUACUACAGCUACAGAUCUUGCCCAAGGCUCGGAUUCUAUAAGAUCAAUCUUUGCUGUAUUAGACCGGUAUACAAGAAUUCAGCCCGAUGAAUCUGAAGGCUACGCACCUGAAAAAAUAACAGGUCACGUAGAAUUUCAAGAUGUACAUUUUGCAUACCCUGCUAGACCUGAAGUGAUGAUUUUCAAAGGCUUUUCCAUCAACAUUGAAGCUGGAAAAUCAGUUGCAUUGAUCGGACAAAGUGGGUCAGGAAAAUCAAAGAUUAUCAAUCUAAUCGAACGGUUUUAUGAUCCUCUUAGCGGUAUGGUAAAAAUUGAUGGUCGAGAUAUUAAAUCAUACCACCUUAAGUCAUUGAGAAAGCACAUUGCACUUGUUAGUCAAGAGCCUGUACUAUUUUCUGGUAGCAUCAGGGAAAACAUCAUCUACGGCAAACAAGACCAAGUCGAUGAGUCAGAGAUCAUUGAGGCAGCCAGGGCAGCCAAUGCUCAUGAUUUCAUUGCUGGAUUGAGUGAUGGAUAUGACACAUUGAGUGGGGAAAGGGGAGUUCAAUUAUCAGGAGGCCAAAAGCAACGCAUUGCUCUAGCUCGAGCCAUAUUGAAGAAUGCUACAAUAUUACUAUUAGAUGAAACAACUAGUGCCUUGGAUAGUAAAUCAGAAAAACUAGUGCAGGAGGUGCUUGAGCAUAUGAUGAUUGGAAAAACAAGUGUGGUGAUAGCUCAUAGAUUAAGUACCAUACAAAAUUGUGAUCUCAUCCUUGUAUUAGAUAAAGGCUGUGUGGUCGAGAAAGGCAGCCACCAAUCUCUGCUGGCCAAAGGAUCCCUUGGCGCUUAUUACUCAUUGGUUAGUCUCCAAAGCACACCAAAUAGUAAUGCUCACUCCACUAUCAAUUAAAUAUUUACU